AUGGAUUCCGAAAUGAUCAACAAAGAGCAGGAAAUUAAUCAAGAAGGUUCCACAACAGAGGAGUCCACGAUUAAUAAAAACAUUGUUAGAAACAGACUGCCGCAAGAAGGAGUUUUCAUGGCUGCUGUAGACAAACCAAUCGAGUUAAUUACCGUUAGGCCGAAACCGAAAGUUGAUUUCAGCAUUGAAGCAAUCCUAUCGUCUCGAACAUCUACACCAUCAGCGAUUGUUGUCACUUCAUCGGACAUCUUCACCUCCGAAUCCAAGUCGAGGUCCAUCAGCGAUCACAGCGAUCCCAACUUUUCCUGGGUCUAUUGUACACGCUACCGACCUCCGAAGCUUCCACGUGCUAAAAGAGAAAUGAACUUAAGGAACCGUUACCGUAAUCCGCGCAUACCCUUCUCUACAACAGAGGUGGGGGCAUUGGAGAGAAAGUUUCUGCAGUCUCCUUAUCUUGGUAGCAACGACGUCAACGAGUUGGCCGCGGCACUCAACAUGUCCCCCAAAAGAGUAUGUAUUAUUUUCAACUAUCCAUAA